GAUCCAGAAGUUGCCACGCACGGCGCACGGGAGAGCUCCUCUGGAAGAUGCCUGUUGACUCUGCUGGGUCUAGCAUUCAUCUUGGCAGGCGUUGUUGUUGGUGGAGCCUGCAUCUACAAGUACUUCAUGCCUAAGCACAAGGUGUACCGUGGGGAGAUGUGCUACCUGGAGGGGGAGGGCCGGGAGCGUGCGGCAGAGCCCUACUUCCUGCCCAUCGCCGAGGAGGCCGACAUCCGCGAGGCCGACAACAUCGCCAUCAUCGACGUGCCCGUGCCCCGCUUCUCCGACAGCGACCCCGCCGCCAUCGUCCACGACUUCGCCAGGCUUUUGACAGCCUAUCUGGACUUGCAGCUGGGGAACUGCUAUGUGAUUCCCCUGAACACCUCCAUUGUCAUGCCACCCAGGAACCUGAUGGAUCUCUUUGCCAAGCUGGCGACUGGCUCUUACCUGCCUCAGACCUACCUAGUCCGUGAGGAGAUGGUGGUUACAGAGGAGAUAGAUAAUGUGUCUGACCUGGGUAUCUUCAUCUACCAGCUCUGUGUUGGAAAAGAGACCUUCAGACUUCAGCGCAGAGACCAGAUAACAGGUCUGCAGAAACGUUCAGUGGAGAACUGUCGUUCCAUCAGACACUUUGAAAACUCUUUUGUUGUGGAAACAAAGAUCUGCCAGCAGUGAGGGGUGAGGGGGGAGGGGACGAGUUGACACCUUCCCUCCAGAAGUCCCAGCGUGCGACGUCGACUUCUUAAAUUAAAACGUGCAGUGAUAAUCAAAAGCCUUAUGCAUUUUCUGUGUACUGCUUGUGUUCCAGAAGACCCAAGUCACCAUUUCAGCUUCCUUUGAUCCCUGGUGUAACUUCUUAGUUGU